CAUGUAUUCAAGAUCAAGAUGGCAGCCUCCGUGUGUCGGUGCUAUGAGCUGGUCGGAAGACGUCUUCUACUCCUGCCAUCCCGUGCUGUCUUCUCCUCAUUCAGUAGAGGAGAUGCCUACAGAAUUGGUUGGUCUCCGGCUGUCCCUGUGCAGGUGCGGUAUGCGUCAGAACGACCUAGUCGUAAAGGCUUCUUCGGGGGGUUUGUGGAGAACCUGAGGCAGGAAUUUGGGAAGGACAAGGAGAUGAAGGAGAACAUCAAGAAGUUUAGAGAGGAGGCAAAGAGGCUAGAGGAGUCGGAUGCCCUGCAACAGGCUCGGAGGAAAUUUAAAACAAUUGAAUCAGAGACGGUAAAGACCUCUGAGGUGUUCAAGAAGACCCUGGGGACUCUGUCAGAGACUGUGAAGGAGGGCUUUGAGGAAGUGACCCGUACAGACCUGGGGAAGAAGAUCAAGGAGGGGGUGGAGGAGGCAGCCAAGACGGCCAGGCACUCUGCUGAGUCUGUAUCCAAGGGAGGAGAGAAGCUGGGAGCGACCAGCGCCUUCAGGGCCAUCUCACAGGGAAUGGAGUCAGUGAAGAGAGAGAUUGAUGUGGUAGACGAUGGUACCUAUAGGGCUCCUUCUCAACUCAGGAAGAGAAGUGAAUUCUCCUUCAAGGGAGGGGAGAGUGACAACCGUGUCUUUGAGGCCAAUGAAGAGGACAUAGGUGUUGUUCUGCACAAGGAUUCUAAGUGGUACGCACAGUGGAAGGACUUCAAGGACAACAAUAUGGUUUUCAACAGGUUCUUUGAGAUGAAAAUGAAAUAUGACGAGAGUGACAACGCCCUUGUCAGAGCAUCUCGAGCCGUGACCGACAGAGUCACCGAUCUACUAGGUGGUCUCUUCUCGAAGACUGAGAUGUCUCAGGUGCUGACCGAGAUCUUAAAGGCAGACCCCAGCUUCGACAAGGACUCCUUUCUCAAACAGUGUGAGAAGGACAUCAUCCCCAACAUCCUAGAGGCUAUGAUCCGUGGAGAGCUGGAGGUCCUGAAGGACUGGUGUUAUGAAGCUACAUACAGUCAGCUGGCCCACCCUAUCCAACAGGCCAGGGCCCUGGGUCUAAUGUUCCAGUCCAAGGUCCUAGAUAUAGACAACAUAGAUUUGGCGAUGGGGAAGCUCAUGGAUCAAGGCCCUGUGCUGAUCAUCACGUUCCAGGCCCAGGUGGUCAUGGUGAUUCGUAGUCCCAAGGGAGACCUGGUGGAAGGGGAUCCAGAGAAGGUGUUGAGGAUGAUGUAUGUGUGGGCUCUGUGUCGGGACCAGGAGGAGCUCAACCCCAAAGCUGCCUGGAGACUACUGGACAUCUCUGCCUCCAGCACUGAGCAGGCUCUCUGAGAGACCAGGGAAGGAGAAGAGACAGAGGGACACUCUUAGAACACACACACACACUCAACCCAGUACACACACACACACACAACUGAGUGUAUAUAUACACACACA